GCAUCCUCCUCCUCACACCGUCUGAGGCGGCGGACUGAGCGGAGCCACGAGCAAAGUUGAGACGGUCUGAAGCCGGAACACAAAGUCAAACCUCAGCGAGUCCUCCGCGAACAGGGCUCUUCCAACAUCUAAUAGAUGUGUCUGCUUUGGAGAAUUGACCCUAGAACUGUGUGUAACGUGGGGAUUACAUGGGUCACAGCGCUGGAGAGCCUCAGCAGCAAUGUGAAUGGAGAUGAUGGUUUGCACCUAAGGUAGACGCCUCCCUGCAUCCUGUCUCAAGAUGAGCCAGGGGCCAAACCUCGUCCUCGAGUGGCUCUCCAAGCUCCAUCUCUCCCAGUAUGUGGAGGCCUUCAUAGACAACGGGUACGACGAUUUGGAGGUUUGCAAACAGAUCGGGGAACCGGACCUGGAUGCCAUAGGUGUCCGCAUCCAGUAUCACAGGCACAGGCUGCUCACAGCGGUGGAGAGGCUUAAAGAGGAGGAGGAUAGAAAGGCAACGGGUUACUAUUUCACCUUAGAGCCUCUGGAUGCCUCUGCCUGUCACCACACGUCACAGUCAAACCAAGAGGAUGACUUCUUGACACUGGGGUCACACACAGGGACCACAGCAGUGCACCAGGUCUCCUGUCCUGGAAACCAUAACCUGAGAUUCACAGAUUGUAAUGACUUUGUGACUUAUCCCAAACUGAAGCUGAAGGUACUGAUGAGGGAUAAACUUGCUAAAGAUGGGAUUAACCUUGGAGAAGCACCUUACACCCAUAAGGAUGGCUCAGUGGGGAACUUUGAUGACCUGGCACAGGAGUACUCUCAGUAUUACGGCACUUCCCUCAGUGACGUGUGUGAAAGAAUGGAGGAGCUGCGGAAACGCAAAGUAGUGAAUGAUACAGAGAUGGGAAAGGUUGACUCAGCGGCCACAUCAGUACAGCUCCGCUCUCAGCUCCAGGAAUCCCUUGGACUCAGCAGCACCAUGUCCACUCCAGAGACAGAACGAAGGUUUCCUGUGCACAAGUCCAGCUCUGAUGAUGGAUCAUCUGGAGGAAAAUUGGAUGGAAAGAGGAAGAGCAAGUCGUUUUGGCAGAGUUUCCGAAAGUCCCAAAGAGGAGUGAUGCGUCAGAUUUCAAAAGGCUCAGGUGACGUUGUUGGUUUUGUGGCCAGUGAAAUUACCAUGAGUGACGAAGAGCGUAUCCAGCUGAUGAUGAUGGUGAAGGAGAACAUGAUCUCUAUAGAGGAAGCCCUGGCACGGCUGAAGGAGUUUGAGAUACAAAACAGACAGACAUGCAGGUCUGAUCCCACAGAAUGGACCGAUCCCUCCAGUCCCAACACAAAUGAAUCAUUCAACUACAACCCUUGCGACCUGUCAGACAACGAUCAAGAAGAAUCAGUUACGUUCAGGAGGCUCCAUAAACUGGUCAACUCGACCCGGAAGGUGAAGAAGAAGCUGAUCAGAAUUGAUGAGUCUAAGAGGCCUGGAGCAGAGGAGAGCCUAAACACAGACGGUCUCCUCUGUGAAGAUGCCGCCGCCUCCCUGUACUCAGGUGUGCUGAAGAAGCCUGCAGUUUGCCCCAUGGACUCGCUGGCUUCAGCUCUGCAGGAGCAGCUCAUAUAUGACCGGGACUCUGACAGCCUGACCACCUCCCCCUCCUCCAGCAGUCUGGACACAUGCAGCAGCCAGAAAAUCUUCCAGGCCUUCAGCAAGUCAAGCGAGAGCCCAGUUCAUCGGGAGAUGAGUGGAACGGGGGAGGUGAGGGAGGCAGGCGAAGGCAGCGCCUCUUCAUUUUCUGAAACAGAGGGCUGCAAUGUGGAGGAGCUCAAAAUCGCUCGCUCGGUGACCGAUGGAGAGCUCCGUCACCGUAUCCUCAACCCACUCAGCCACCACGGGAGAGCUUGUAGCUUUGGAGGAUUUGACCUGACCAGCCGCUCAGCGCUCACGAUCAUCCCUGACAGUGACAGCACUAACAAACAUGGAGACGGUGGAGUGAGAGAUACCAAGUCUCCACAAACAUCACGUAUUUCUUUGGGCAAAAAGGUGAAGUCUGUGAGAGAAACGAUGAGGAAACACAUAUCGAAGAGAUACCACAGUUCUCUGUCUGAACAGUCGAGUCCAGAUCGCAUAUCCAGCUGCCCUCACUCACCUCAGAUAGACUCUAACUCUUUGGAGAAACCCAAACUGAAGCCAGGAGGGUCUGUAGAGAGUCUGAGGAGCUCCCUCAGCGGACAAAGUUCAAUGAGUGGUCAAACGGUGGGCACCACUGACUCCUCCAACAGCAACAGAGAGAGUGUGAAGUCUGAGGACGGGGAGGAGGAUGAGCUGCCUUACCGCGGACCCUUCUGUGGACGAGCUCUGGUUCAUACUGACUUCACCCCCAGUCCCUACGACACUGACUCUCUCAAACUGAAGAGUGGCGACGUCAUUGACAUCAUCAGUAAGCCACCGAUGGGCACGUGGAUGGGGAUGCUCAACGGUAAAGUCGGCACUUUCAAGUUCAUUUACGUGGAUGUCCUGAAUGAAGAGGAGGCGAAGCCCAAAAAGACACGGAGGAGGAGGAGGGCCCGGCAACCCAAACCCACCUCUGUGGAGGAGCUCCUCGAUCGCAUCAACCUCAAAGAGCAUCUUCCCACCUUCCUGUUUAACGGCUAUGAGGAUCUGGACACGUUCAAGCUGCUGGAGGAGGAGGACCUGGAUGAGCUGAACAUUAGAGAUCCCCAGCACAGAGCAGUGCUUCUUACUGCUGUGGAGCUGCUGCAAGAGUAUGAUGGUGGGUCAGGUAGCAGCGACCCGGAGCGGAGCAGUCAGUCUGGAGGCUCACAGGAGAAGCUGCUCCUGGACAGGCGUGGCCUCCUGGGAGAUUCCCCGCGAGACUCUGGCUGCUACGAGAGCAACGAGAACCUGGAGAAUGGAGCAGAAGUGAUCAUCUUAGAGGAGAAGAUGUCUCAGAGAACAACAGCGUCAUCCCUCACGGCCGUUCAUUCACAAUCACACAAGCAGAGCAUCCUGAGCAAAUUCAACAACCUCAGGAAAAGGGACCUUCUGUGCGAUGUCACUUUAGUUGUGGAGGACGUGCACUUCAGAGCGCACAAAGCUCUGCUGGCAGCGAGCAGCGAGUACUUCUCCCUCAUGUUCACCUCAGAAGAUCACAUCAGCCGGUCCACCUUUACACUGGGAGGUAUGGAGGCUGAGAUGUUCUCUGCCGUGCUGGAGUUCAUCUACAGUGCACACGUGUCCCUGGAGGAGAGUUGCACUGAGCAGCUCUUGGCCACGGCUCGUCUCAUGGAGGUCAGCGACCUUGUCAAAGUGCUCACUGAACUCACACGCUCUGCAGCAGGGGUUAGAGGUGACCAAGCCACGGUGCCUGAUCUGUCGAAACGCAAAAGAGGACGGCCAAAGAAAAGUGUGGACGUGUCAGUGACAGAGCUGGAGGAGAGAAGUGGACCGUGUGAGGGCUCAGAGGAGGGUCAGGCUGGAGAUGUGGACUUGCUGCCUGAAGGCGACUCAGAUUAUAACCCACCAGGGCCCCAGAGCCGACAGAGCAAACGCAAAAUCAGACCUCCAAUAAAGUACAAGAGUUACAAAGUGGAUCAGGACACAGCAGUCAACAAAGAGCCUAAGAAAAGAGGGAGGAAAAGAAAAUAUCCAAACACAGAGGCUCGAUGUGAGGACUGUGACAAAGUGUUUAAAAACCACCUCUUCUUAAAAAUUCAUCAAAGAACUCACACAGGAGAGAAGCCUUUCCGAUGCCAGGUUUGUGGGAAGAGUUUCACCCAGAAGCACACGCUGCUCGUACACCAGCGCAUCCACACCGGAGAGAAACCGUUUGUUUGUACCAUCUGCUCCAAAACUCUGUGCACCAAACACACCCUGCGAGAGCACAUGAACCUCCACAAAGAAGAGAAGUCCUUCAGCUGCGAUAAAUGUGGAAAGACCUUCACUCAGAAGAGGCAACUCAAGAGUCAUUACAGAGUCCAUACAGGGAGAUCGUUGCCGGAAUGUGCUCAGUGUCAUCACAAGUUUUUGGACACGGCUCAGCUGAAAAAACACCUGAGAACACACACAGGGGAGAAGCCUUUCACAUGUGAGAUUUGUGGGAAGUGUUUUACAACCAAGAGCACGCUGCAGACUCACAUCCGCAUUCACAGAGGUGAGAAACCAUACGAGUGCCACAUCUGCAACAAGUCGUUCUCAGACCCCAGUGCGAGAAGACGACACGUCACCUCUCACUCCGGAAAGAAACCUUUCACGUGCUCCUCCUGCAACCUUUCGUUUACUCGUCUGGACAAUCUGAAAACUCACACCAAGUCUCACAGCAAGGAGCGAGCGGCGUCCACUGAGUCCUCGUCAGAUACAGCGGCAGAAACAUCGGCAGCACCUCAGGAGGAGGUUCGCAACAUCCUGCACCUUCAGCAGUACCAGCUCCCCUCCGGCUCUGAACAGGGGAUCCAGCUGGUGGUGACCGGAGAUAUGAAUAACAUUAACUUUGUGCCGGGUCAGGAGCAGGAGAUCAGCAUCAUCACCACAGAAGGUGAGACGGCAGAAUCAUCCGACUCUAGACUCACCCUGCUCACCCAGCCGUCGGGACACAUGCAGAACGUGGCCCUGGUCGCUCAGGGCGCCAUGGUGGACCACGCCCCUCAGAUUCAGACCGUCAGUAUGCUGGAGGGACAGAUGACGCACCAGUCGGAGCAGAUGCAUGUCAUCACUCUGAGUAAAGAGGCGAUGGAGCAGUUGCAGUCCCACCACGGCCCCCCGCAGCCCCUUCAGGUCGCACAGCGACCCGCCCCGCAGCUGCAGGUGAUGCAUCAGCCGCUCCAGCAGCUGGCCGUCACUCAGCUGGGCAGGGAGCAGCACAGUCAGGCCAUUCACAUCAGCAGCCAGAGCUCACAGCCCAUCUCCAUCAGCCAAACCAGCGAGCAGAUCUCCAGCCACCACAUCCAGGGACAAACCUUCCAGAUCCAGGCAGGAACCGUCUCCUACCUGUACACCACCGGGCUCCCGCAGGAGGGCUGAGAGCGGAACUGUGACGCUGAUGAGUCUAAACUGAUAGAUGCUGCUGCAGGACACGAAUAUAACAGGCAGGUUUUACUGCUUUUCCAACUGUAGAGCAAUGGUUUGACAAUAAUGUUCUUGUGAGAGCAAAUCCUGAUGGGAAAAUAAAACUAGAAAAUUCCUCCUGGAGAAAUUUUGAAUGGGUGCCUUGUGGUUGCUGCCGUCUCCACAAAGAGUCACAUUAUCCAGGUUGGUGACAGAGAGAGAGGGAAACUGUACAAGUUUAAGAGGAAGGAGAGAGACCCUGAGAGAGCGAUAGAGACAGUGAGAGAGAAAGACCUUUAGAAAAGCUGCUUUUUGAUAACAUGAUCCAGGUUGGUGAGAGAGAGUGAGAGAGAGAGAUUGCGCCAAUUUCAGACAGGGAGAGAAACCAUGUUUUAAGGUUGUAAGGUCUUAUCACCAUCCAUGGGUUUUUAUUUUAAAAAUCCAGCCUCCCUCAGGCUUCCUGGGAACAUCCUGUAACUAUCUGUGGUUUUUAUU